ACUUAGCAUCUUUUUUACAUAAUGACAUCGGAUGUUUCUCAUGUGUAGGUAUUGUACCUAGAUCUAAAUAGGUAACUUUAACAGUCAACCAGUAGAAUGUCAUGAGUAGGGACAUAGUAUUAGAGCUUUGCUUCCAAGAAUUGGCCAAGAGAAAAAGGACAUCACCAAUUUACUAACCCCCUUAAACCCGAAAAUCACAAUGGCCGACUCAGCUACAACCCGUACGCUCAACGUAGGUGUCAUCGGCUAUGGAUUGUCCGCCACCAUAUUUCAUAUACCCUUCAUCACCAUCACGCCCACCUUACGGCUUCACUCCAUCCUGCAGCGGAAUCCCAGCGAGUCCAAGCAGUCGGCCCCGCGCGACCACCCUAACAUCAAGCAUUUCACUUCUCUAGACCAGUUCCUCGCUGACGCCGAUCUGGACCUGGUCGUGAUCACCACACCCCCUCAGACGCAUUUCCCCUUUGCGCAGCAAGCCCUGCAGGCGGGCAAGCACAUCUUCGUGGAGAAGCCCUUCGUGCCCAGCGUCGCCGAAGCCGAGACCCUCAUCAGCAUCGCCAAGGCGAAGGGCCGCCUGAUAUGCGUGUACCAGAACCGCCGGUGGGACAGCGACUUCUUAACAGUUCAAAAACUAUUGGCCGAUGGCAAGACGCUGGGCCGGAUUGUGGAGUUCGAGACGCACUUCGACCGCUUCCGGCUGCAGAAGCCGGUCAAUUGGAAGGCUUCGUUGGGAAUGGACCAAGGCGGCUCGGCCCUCUACGACCUCGGCACCCACCUGAUCGAUCAGGUGUACGUGCUGUUUGGGAUGCCGCGGGGCGUCUUCGCCACGUUUGCUAACCAGCUAGACGGUGUCCUGUCAGGACCGCAGCAGCCAGACCUGACGCCCGACAGCAUCACCGUGCAACUGUUCUACGACAACGGCCUCGUCGUCUUCGUGCGCAGCGCCGUCGCGAGCGCCGAGGUGCACCAGCCGAGAUUCCGCAUCCGAGGCACCAAGGGCAGCUAUCGCAAAACGGGCCUAGACUCGCAGGAGCCCCAGCUCAAGUCCGGCAUGAAGACCAGCGACGCCAGUUUCGGCCGAGAAGCCCCGGAGUGGAAUGGGUGGCUCACUACUGUGGAUGACAAUGGCAACCUGCACGAGCAGGAGUGUCCGAAUGUCGAGCCUGAGACCUACCGCAAGAUAUAUGCCCUUUUUGGCGAGGCCCUCAUCCGGAAUAGCGAGGAAGAUGUACCCGUCCCGGCGUCCCAGGCGAGAGAUGUCCUACGGAUCAUCGAGGCCGCCAAGGAGAGUGCAAAGACUCGGCGCCAGAUCGACUUAUCUUGAGAAUCCUUUCCCAUUGGAUGUACAUGAGUUCUCGGGUACCUACCUAGGUGCGCUGCCGUUCCCAUAUACUAGUAGAAGAACAUCUAGGCUAGAGAAUCUAGCCGAUUGUAACGACAGUGUUCCCUUUGCAGGAUUUUGCAACAGGGUCAGGUUUGCUUGCGAGCAACGGUUGAUGAUUUCUAGAAUGGACAAGAACCAACACUCCUAGGCCCUGAAGAGCAUAACAGUAUUAUUCCCUGGAACUGAGUGACAUAGUA